CAUGCACGUGAGCAGUUACCGCGGUCUCAUUGGCUGUUCACGGCUCGCGAUGGUUGUCACGGACAAUGUUACGGCAACAAGGAGUCAAGUCAGUUUGCAGGGCAGUGUUAAAACAGAAGGGGUCUGAAACAUACGUCUUGUUUGUGUCAGUUGGCUGCGUCACGUUUAAAAGGACUGUGAUGUCGGCUACAUGUUAAGGUGUGUUACGCCAGACUAAGGAGAGUGUGUGUGCGUGUCAAACCCCCUUCAGUUAAGUGGGUUAAUUGCAGUGUCAGACACGAUUUCAUUUUAUUAAAGAAGCAACAGCACCACAGCCAAACUGGACAGUGGGGAACUCCAGGGCAGUGUCGGCCCAGACUUCAUCUUGAGGCACCGAAACACUACAGAGCAUAUGUGUCACAGAGACCAGGAGACAGAGGCACAGCCCAGCGAACAGAAGGAGCAGCAACAUGGGGAUGAACAGAUGGAGUCUGAAGAGCCAUGGCAGGAGACAGAGGAUGAGGAUGAGGUAGAGAAAGAGAAGGCACCAGACGAAGGCUUCAUGGGAAUGACACCAUUACUGCAGGCGCACCACGCCAUGGAGAAGAUGGAGGAGUUUGUACACAAGGUCUGGGAAGGAAGGUGGCGGGUCAUACCCCAUGAUGUGCUCCCUGAUUGGCUGAAGGACAACGAAUACCUUCAGCACGGUCACCGGCCCCCCAUGCCGUCCUUCAGAGCCUGCUUCAGGAGCAUCUUCAGAAUCCACACAGAGACCGGGAACAUCUGGACACAUCUACUAGGUUGCCUGUUCUUCUUGUGCCUGGGCAUCUUCUACAUGUUCCGGCCCAACAUGUCCUUCGUGGCGCCCGUCCAGGAGAAGGUGGCGAUCGGCAUGUUCUUCCUGGGGGCCAUCCUCUGCCUGUCUUUCUCCUGGGUCUUCCACACGGUGUACUGCCACUCGGAAGGGGUUUCCCGUGUCUUUUCCAAACUAGACUACUCGGGCAUCGCUUUCCUGAUCAUGGGGAGCUUCGUUCCCUGGCUCUAUUACUCCUUCUACUGCUCCCCACAGCCCUGCGUCAUCUACCUGAUGGUCAUCUGUGUGCUCGGUAUCUCCGCCAUUGUGGUGUCCCAGUGUGAUUUCUUUGCCACACCCCAGUACCGGGGGGUCAGAGCAGGUGUGUUUGUGGGUCUGGGGCUGAGUGGGGUGGUACCCACGUUUCACUUCAUGAUCUCGGAGGGGUUCCUGAGGGCAACCACCAUGGGCCAGAUGGGCUGGCUCUUCCUCAUGGCAACACUCUACAUCACCGGAGCUUGUUUGUACGCUGCCCGCAUCCCCGAGAGGUACUUCCCUGGAAAGUGUGACAUCUGGUUCCAUUCCCAUCAGCUAUUUCACAUCUUGGUGGUGGCGGGGGCUUUCGUCCAUUUCCACGGAGUGUCGAACCUGCAGGAGUUCCGCUACACGGCGGGGGGCGGCUGCACGGAAGGCAACGCGCUCUAACCAGUGUGGCAGAUUGAGUCUGAAACAUACAUGCAGGAAAUAUCCAUUGUGGUCAAGAGGAUGAUGAAUCUUUUAUCCAAAUGGAGAAACGGCAACAUUGAAAAUGACUUGGUUUGAUCAGUCCAAGCUUACCACACUCCUUGGAAGAAUUGGUUUAAAUAAAUAUAUAUAUAUAUAUAUAUAUAUAUAUAUAUAUAUAUAUAUAUAUAUAUAUACACACAUACAAAGUAACUAUAAAGUAUAUAUCAAAAAACAAAAGUUUUGAUUUUACCGAAAUGUUCUAUUUAUUACAACAAAAGCAAGCUGUGAAGUUGAGAGGUGACAUCUUUUCUUUUGUUUGUUUGUUCACAAGAUCUAGCUGCUUGUAAUCCAUAAAGAAGUUUCCUGUAAAUAAGAUUUCUAACUUUCAGUUACAUAGAUUUAUAUUCUAAAAAAAAAAAAAUUGAAAAAAUAAUUGGGGGAGGGGGGUAGGAAUACAAAAUCUACAAACUUUUUUUAAAAGAAAGUGUUUGCUGGAGUACCACACACACUGUUAAUAUCGACUUUGCACAAUAAUGUGGACUGUCAUGCAGCAGGCCAGAGAAAUUAGUGCAUCCCAGCCACAUGGAGGUAUGGGGGUCGUCUCCCAAAUAUACACUUCCUCUGUGAAUGGACCUAUGAGGGGGUAGAGACCUGCUCAAGGUUUAUAUGUGCUGAAUAACUUAAGAACGGUGUCUGUACCCCUUAAAGCUACGAUAUCCCAAGAAAAAUGACUUUCUAGACGGAUUUUAAUAUGGGGAUGUAUUUUCAGGGAUUUUCUAGACAUGUUGGUCUUAAAUACAGGUUUGACUGUAUUUACAGAUGUCUUGUAUGAUCCAGUCUACUGCAGCGUUUCCAGGGGGAACAAAAAAACAAAACAAACAACAACCUAGUCGCAGGCUUUCUCUGUCUCUUUCUCCACUGUUCUGUUUGAGGCAGGGUAGAAGUAGCAAUGUUUUCCACUCAAUGCAGAUUUCCACUUGAGUCAACGGCGGUCCUUUUUGGGGGUUCAGCUUGAGCAUCGCUCCCACUGCGGAGGCGAGGCCUGGAAGCUUUUACAUUGUCUGUGAGGCGGAGGGUCAAUGUGGGAUGGGGACCGACAGCAGGUGCUUCCAUCCAUUCCCCAUCCCGCCUUCACAAUUCACUUUUUGUUUUCUAAACAGGUCCAACUGCGGUCAGACCCAUGGUAGUGUUAUCCCCAGAGCCAAGAUUCAUCUCUAGGUUUUCUGCCCUGUUUAAACUCUUUCUCUGCGUUUUUAUUUUUGACACGAGAAGUGAUUUACACUUGUAACAUUUCUCUUGUCAUUUUAAGAAAGGUGGAAAGUUUGUCGAGAAAGGAGCUUAAACAAAACAAAUGGCAAUAGAUUGAAUUAAUGGCAGCACAAUAAAAAGUACCCUUAUCCAUAAAAACCAGUAGCAUACAUACCAACAGAGACUGCUUUUCUAGUUGCACAGUGUAUGGAUUUACCAAGAGGUGCAGUUAAACACAGUAUGCAUACCCACUGUAGUCUACUGAUCAGUGAACUAUAAACUAUGUAAAUGUAUAUAUGUUUUUUGUUUUGUUUAAUGCACUUCUAUAUUUCCUGGUCCCCAAAGAUGUUCUCAAGACAGGUUAACUUGUGUGAGAUAACCUAGAAAUGCUUUCAGAGAGAGGAAAAUACAUUCAUUAAUUGUAGAGAUAAUCUGGUAAUGCACAAUAAGGUGGAAUCAAACUAGCACAAAGCUCUUGUAUGCGUAAGUAUGCAUGCAUAUACAGCUAUGGCCAAAAGUGUUACAUCACUAUAUAAAAUUAACUCAUUUUGCUUCAUAAAGUCGAAUGAAGCCUGCUGAAUAAUUUUACGUUGAUAUAUUGAAUACAUACUUUGUAGUUUUCCCAGACAAUGAAAAACGGACAAAUUGAAAAAUGUAACAUUUUGAAAUCUAACAUGAAAUACUGUAACACUAUUGUGGCUUCUGGUAGACUUCAUUGUUUUUAUUACAUGAUGUUCCAAAUUAUGUUCAUAUAGUUUAAUUUUUUUUUUAUUAUUUCCUAAAAUAAACUUUUGGCCAUAGCAGUAUGUGUAUUUGUUUCAUUGUUGUGUGAUAUUGGUACAUUCUAUAAUAGGUCUAGAAAAGUGGUCUAUUUCUGUUUCACUUGAUACCCUCAGUCAGGUAUGUACACAGAUGAAGUCAGAAUCUGAAACGUUUCUUAUAAUUUGACUGCUCCUAUUUUAUGCCUCAUUAACAAUUUCUCCCAAAAUCGAGCUCUGUUAAACAGCAAUAAUAAUGCCCUAGGUCUGGGGUUAGUUUUAUUUUUUGUUACAAAAAGUGCAAUUUUGUUGGUUUCUGGAUCCACCGCCUGUCUUAAGUUGUUUUGUCAGACAGCACAGAACUGAAACACAGUCACUGGACAGUUCGUAUUGUCAGACAACACACGACUGAAACAGAGUCACUGUGGAGAGUUCGUAUUGUCAGACAACACAGGACUGAAACAGUCACUGUGGAGAGUUCCAAGUGGCUCUUCUUGGCACACAUUUUGGAUUAGUUAAGAAUUUGGGUUUAUAUUUUUAUUUACAUUGGUGUUCAAAACUGGAUAUGUCUCAAACAUUGCAGGUAAAAAAAAUAAAAAAUCAAAAUAGAGAAUCCGUAAUGAGGUAGGGGUUUGGAAACACAUCGAUUUUUUUUUUUUUUUUUUUUUUGAACAGGCAACGAGUUUCUAAUUUUUCUAGCUCGUAACACAUUUUGUAACCUUGAUUUUCAGUGUGAACAAUGGCAUCAAGUGAUUAGAGAUUGACACAUUUUUUUAAAUUUCUGAUUUGACGGGAUGUCUCUUUUUUUAAAGCUCAAGUAUUUUUUUGUAAAACACAAUCUCAUUGUAUUUUACAUGGAAAACCAUAUUUUGCACAUGUGUGGAAUAAGGUUUUGGGUAUUUGAGAAAUUAAAAUUAAGCAUGAAUAAAUACUCAGUGUUGCGCUUCUGCAAAAUACAAUAAUGUGAAGAAAAAAGGUUUGAGGGUCUUGCUGGAUUUUUUGCUGAUUUUCUAGAUUUAUUUUCUAUUUUUUCAUGUAUGUAUAUAAUUUUGUUUUGGGUUCCACUGAAGUUUUGAAGACUGGUUUAAAAAAAAAAAAAGAAAUGGUCAAACCUGCUAACCUGCUAUAACAACCACUCAAGACACCAUCUAAAUGGUGUAUAGGGAUACAUUAAAGUGGUUUAAUAAAAUAUAUUGGUGGGCUUUAAUAGAGGUUUGACUGCAAUCCAUUCAUAAGUUAAAUUUAUAUGCCAUAUUCAACACGCGCACAAAAAUGUGUCGUUCAUUUGCAAACUGUAGCAUUUCUAUAAAACACUAAAUGGAAUAAAAAUCAUAAUGUGAUAAUUGUCAGGUGGCACUUAGGUAAUGACUUGAGAGAAAUUUUGGUCAUAAGGAAUACACCAAAGUAUAGCCAAAUGCAGCAGUUAUAAAUGGUAAAAGAGAAUGCCCUUUUGUAACUAACAGGGUCCUCAUUAGAUGAUUAUUAAUUAGCUUUUUUUUUCCCACAUACUAAUAGAGGAAAGAUACUGGAAAUAUGCAUCCUCCUAUAAUUAAGCCUGAUGUUUCUAAAACUGUUUUUGCUGUGAGACUAUUUUACCUUUAACUUCUCUAAAGAGAGAGAGUACCUUUAUUUAAUGCUAUGCUGCCAUGUGCUGCAGUCCAAUGUUAACCAUAUCAAUAUUGCAUCACCUGUUUAUCACUAAUCCCAAUUAUAGAUGUAUGUGCAACUGAACAUUUCCAAGUUUAUCUUCUAAAUGUGUGUUAUCUAGAACAAAGACAGUGGUCCAGGAGACUGAAUCUGGAUGUAGUGAAUAUUGCCUCGGGUGUCGGGCAGAGUUGGAGGCCAAGGAAGAACUAAAGCAAUCAGCAAAUGUAAACGUAUGUUGUCCAUUGUAAAUGCUUUGUCAUUUGCAGUCUUUUUUUUUAAUACAUCCUAUGGAAAAAGGAUCCAAUACUUUAAAAUGGAAAAGCCACACUUUGAUGGUAAUCCUUAAAAUAGGUAAUGAGAAAUGCAAGAUGAAGCAAUAUUCAUUAAUUUGUUAAUCAAUUCAUUCAUUCAUUCGUUCAUUCAUUUGCUCUGUUUCCCGACCCUGUUACCCUCGAGCUGUUUGAUUUCAAUGUGAUCUGAUCUUUCUUGAGUUUCAGACAAGACUCUUAAGGUGGGAGUUUGCAUGGGGUGAACGAAUAGAGCAAGACAAGAACUGAAAUCAACUCCUCAACACUUCUUUGUGUUUCCUACUAAAAAAACUGAGGACUGUGAAUCCAUUCCUUAUCAAGGCUGCAAAACAAAGCCUGGUAGCCAUUUAAUGAUACAAGCUGAACCAUGUAGAAUGGUGUCUGCUGGUCUGAAGUCAUUGGGAGGGAAACAGUAGUAACAGAAGCAGUUCUUUAUAUAUAUAUAUAUAUAUAUAUAUAACACCUAUAUGAUAACAAGCUUGGUAAAACUAUGGAACAACUAACAUUGUGACACACAUUCUUGCAAUAGGUGAGAAUUGAUCUUUUAUUUGUAACGAGCAAAGGCAAAACUGGAAAACUUGUAUUCAAAGAAAAUGUAUUACUAAUGUUUAUUUUAUAAUCUAAUCAUAACUCUUAAUGUGUGUUGGGCUAUUGUUUUCUAAUGGAUUCUUAUUCAUAACACUUUUUAGUUAUAAAUUCAAAUGCAUAAUAUGCGUUCUGCAGGAAAAGUAUGCAGCACAGUCGAACCCCUCAUUGCAUGGAACAAAGCAAGAAUCGCAGCUAGCCCUCGACCUGAGAUUCAUUUUUCUUAUUUCUUGUGGUCUUAAAGCACUGCGGGUCAGAUUGAUAAGCAUUGCCCCCAGUGAAAGGUUUGCACCAGUUUAGUGUACAGUGAUACAGAACUAACAGAAAACUACAUUAAAACACAGGGUUAUUUAAUAUAACAUUUUGUUAUAUAUAUAUAUAUAUAUAUAUAUAUAUAUAUAUAUAUAUAUAUAUAUAUAUAUAAUUUUUUUUUUUUUUUUUUUUUUUUUUUUAAGGGAGAUGUAAUAUUACAGAAUGUUAUAUUAAAGUGUUUUAGUAGCUCUUUGUGCUUUUAUUGCUGGUUUACUUGAAAUACAGUAAAUGGUUUUGCUCAAAAUGAACAGACCUGGAUUGCACUUUUAAAUUGACUAAUACAUAUCUAUGAGACCUGUGUUUAGUAUUGCUGAGGGCUCUGGUUAUUCUAGAUUGAGCCACGGUGUCUAACAGGUUUGACACUUGGGAGGCUAAUCAGUUUCUUGAAAUGCAACACUCACCAAUGGCUUCUCUUACACAUGGGCUUCACUGGUAGUGUUUGGUCUUUGCCUUGUUGGGAAACCUGCUAGUGUGUGUGUUGGUGUUCUAAAGCAAAGAGUGUCUGGGUUUUCUUCCUCCAAAGUUAAAAUAGAGGCCUUGUUAAUUUCCUGAAGCAAAUGCAUUCAAGAAACUGCUAUUGUUUUGUUGAAGCACACACGUUGACUUUGAAGAGGUGUGUGAUUGAGAUGGGAUCUUUCGAUCUGCUGUAUUAUUGUUCUUCUAAUAAAGUUUUUUUUUUUUUGAAUCUUUAAAAA